AUGUAUGUAUGUAUGUAUGUAUGUAUGUAUGCAACUCUCGAUGAAGCUACGGAGCCCUGGGGAGUGAAAGUGGAGCGUGUUGAAGUGAAGGAUGUGCGGCUUCCCAUUCAGCUUCAACGUGCUAUGGCAGCUGAAGCCGAGGCUGCUCGUGAAGCUCGAGCUAAAGUAAUCGUAGCGGAAGGUGAGCAGAAAGCUUCACGUGCUCUAAAAGAAGCUGCUGAAGUUAUCGCUCAAUCACCGUCCGCUUUGCAGCUACGAUAUUUGCAAACAUUAAAUUCAAUAAGUGCUGAAAAGAAUUCAACAAUUAUAUUUCCGUUUCCUAUCGAUUUGUUAUCGUCGUUCUUUCAUCGAACUGCUCCGAAGGUGUAA